AUGAAAAAACUAUUUUAUUCAUCAAAGAAUUCUGAAACAUUAACUUCUACAUAUUAUAACUUAAAUGAACGAAUUAAAUGGGAAACUCCAUUAUUAUUUUCCAAUAUUUUUCAUGCAUUUCAAACAUUAUUUUCUACUGGUGAUUUAUUUUUUAGUUGCAAUGAUACUUUGACAAUGAUUAUUGAACAAGCUCAAAAAGCAAAACAAAAUUAUGUUAUAAAAAAUGUAGAACCAAAACCAAAUGUAUUAUAUUGUGGUACUAAACUAAAAGAGAUAUUAGAAUCUGAAGGAAGACCUUAUUAUCAAUUACCUCGUAUAAUAGAAAAUAUAUUAAUUUAUUUAUAUAAUAAAGGAUGUACUACCCAUGGAAUUUUUAGAGAAACUACUAAUGCUUCUAUUAGAGACGUUGAAGAAAUUUAUCAUCGAAUGGGUGUUACUGACUUUGAAGAUCUUCCACCUGAUGUUGUUGCUAAUGUAUUUAAAAAGUUUUUAAGAGAAAUGAAAGAAAAAGUAUUUCCAUAUGAAGUUUCAAUGUAUUUAUUAAAAGAAUGGCAAAAAGGAAGAGCAAAAACAAGAACAACUGCAGCAGAAAAAAGAAAAGUUGUAUUAGAAGGAUUAAAGAUGAUGCCACCAGAAAAUGUGACGUUAUUAAGAAGUAUUUUGAAGUUAUGUAGUAAAAUUGAUUCAAUGUCUGAUAUAAAUGCAAUGACUAAUAAAAAUUUAGCUGUUUGUUUAGCACCAACUUUAAUGACAGUUAGUGAAGAUGUAAAUUCAAAAACAUUAGAUUUAAAAUCUGGAGGAGAAAUUGUUGGAUGUAUUGAAGUUAUUACUUUUAUUUUAGUUGAUUAUCCUCAUAUUUAUCCAAAUGACGUUGAUGUUAAUGUUACUCGUAGAUCAAGGAGAAUGUCUCAAAGACUUGCCACUUGUCUUGCUGAAGGAAUGAAUGAAGAAGAAGAAAUUUAUAAAGGAAUAGAACAAAUAAAGAAAGGAACACAAGAAGAAUCUGACAUUGUAGAGUCAAGAGAAGAAAUAGUACGCCCUUUAAUUCCUAAACCAUUGUUAGAUGAUAUUCGUAUGGUACCUCCAAUGUUAAAAGAAACAAAACAAAAUGAAGUAAAUAAAGAAAAUGAAACUUCUUUAUUAAAAAAGAGAUGUUUUGCUGUGAAUUUAACUCAACAAGACAAAAUAGAGUUGUUAGAAGAUAAUAGUACUAGUCAUGAAAAAGAUAGUGAGAAUAAUUGUACUGCUAACUAUGAUAUCUCUCAUCCACCACCUGUUCCUCCUAGAAGAGGGAAUUUAAAACAAAAACCAUUAGUUUGUCCCAAUUCAUCUAACGUGAAUAUAAAUUAA